AUGUCCUCCAAGUCCCGAUGGGCCGACGAUGACCCCGAGACCGAAGCCAUCGUCGCCCAACGCAAACGGGAGAAGGAAGAGAAACGACGCGCCAAAGCCGAAAAGCAACGCCAGCUUGAGGAACAACAAUCGCAGCCUCAACCGCCCCCAGAGACCAACGGUAAUGUCGAUGCGCCUCCCAAGAAACGACGACGAUUGUCCAAUGAGCCCGACGACCAACAGGAGCUGCCCGAGUUCGCCGAUCCCCGAGGCGAGAAAGAGAAAGCAACCCAGACUUCAAAGCUGCUGCGCUUUCCGGGACCAGGAUGGGGUCCCUGUCGCCAUGUCGACAACUUCGAACGUCUGAAUCACAUCGAAGAGGGCUCGUACGGUUGGGUUAGUCGCGCAAAGGACAUCGUGACCGGCGAAGUCGUGGCUCUGAAGAAACUCAAGAUGGAGAACGCGCCGGACGGAUUCCCUGUGACUGGUCUUCGCGAGAUCCAGACUCUGUUGGAAGCGCGCCAUAAGAAUGUUGUAUAUCUGCGAGAAGUGGUGAUUGGGAAUAAACUGGACGACAUUUUCCUAGUAAUGGACUUUUCCGAGCAUGACCUCAAAACCCUUCUGGAUGACAUGCGCGAGCCCUUCCUCCCCUCCGAAACAAAAACCCUCAUGCUCCAAGUCCUCUCCGGCCUGGGCUUCCUCCACUCGCAAUGGAUUAUGCACCGCGACCUCAAAACCUCCAACCUGCUCAUCAACAACCGCGGCGAGCUGAAAAUCGCGGACUUCGGUAUGGCCCGGUACUACGGCGACCCGCCUCCGAAAUUGACCCAGCUGGUCGUGACGCUGUGGUACCGAUCGCCGGAACUGCUCCUAGGCGCCGAGAAGUACGGCACGGAGAUAGACAUGUGGAGUAUCGGUUGUAUAUUCGGCGAGCUUCUAACCAAGGAGCCAUUACUGCAGGGCAAGAACGAAGUCGACCAAGUCUCCAAGAUCUUCGCCCUCACCGGUCCCCCAACACCCCAAUCCUGGCCAGGCUUCCGAUCUCUCCCCAACGCCAAAUCGCUCCGUCUUCCUCCCACCUCAUCAUCCGACUCAAGCAGCCUCCCCUUACUACCGCGGUCCAAAUUCCCCUUCCUAACAAACGCCGGCCUCCAUCUCCUCUCGUCCCUACUGGCCCUGAACCCCGGCAUCCGCCCCACCACCCAAGAAUGUCUCGCGCAUCAGUACUUCCGCGAAGACCCCCGUCCGAAACCCAAGGAGAUGUUCCCCACGUUCCCGUCCAAAGCUGGCAUGGAGAGGCGGAGACGUCGCGAGACUCCCGAAGCGCCGAAGCGCGGCCAGGACGCUCCGAAGCUGGACUUUGCGAGCGUCUUUGGUGGUCAGGCUGCUGCUAGCGAGACGGGCGAAGCGGGCGCAGGCUUUACUCUUCGACUAGGAUAG